AUCUAUUCACCGAAAUGUUAUGAUUCAACUCAUAUCAAACUCAAUGUUAGCACAAUUUGGAGAACUGCCGACAUAGAUCCGAAUAAUCCCGUGAUCCAUUCAAAGUUCAAACUCAUCACAUCGCAUUUCUUUAUUUUACCCGCAAGUGGAUUCCGAUGAGGCGACGGUCGUUUGAACUGCGAAACAGAGCAGCAAAGAGAAGAUACUCCAAGCUGGGAUGGUUGAUACUUUGCGCCUUCUUGACCAUUCUCCUCUUCGCUCUUUUUCGUCCCAAAAACCCUUCUCCUUCUACGCCUUCUUUGAUUCAGGGGUAUAAUAGGCAAAAUAAAAUUUUUGAAGGUCUGAAUGUGACUGAAGAAAUGUUGAGCCCUUACUCGAUUACAAGGCAAAUCAAUGACCAAAUAUCUCUUGCCAAAGCGCUGGUUAUAAUUGCAAAAGAAAGCAACAAUCUUCAGCUUGCAUGGGAGAUAAGUGCCAAGAUCCGGAAGUCACAAGUUCUUCUAUCAAGUUCAGCCACUAGGAAAAGUCCCUUAACAAUGAAAGAGUCCGAAACCGUGAUUCGUGAUAUGGCACUCUUGCUUUGUCAAGCCCAACAACUUCACUAUGAUAGUGCAACAAUGAUCAUGAGGUUGAAAGCCAAGAUCCAGUCCCUCGAAGAACAAGUGCAUUCCGUGACUGAGAAGAGCUCUAAAUAUGGGCAGAUAGCUGCUGAGGAAGUUCCAAAGAGCCUUUACUGCCUGGGCAUACGGUUAACCGUUGAUUGGUUCAGAGACUCAAAGUUACAGCAUGAGCAAAUGAGGAAGAAGAGUCUGGCUGCUGGAAUACUUGACGAUACUAACCUUUAUCAUUUUUGUGUGUUUUCUGACAACAUACUAGCAACUUCUGUAGUGGUAAACUCUACGGCCUCAAAUGCAAAGAAUCCCAGUUUGGUCGUCUUCCAUAUUGUGACUGAUGAAGUAAAUUAUGCCCCCAUGAAUGCUUGGUUUUCUAUGAAUUCAUUCCAUGGUGUUACAGUAGAUGUUGCGAAAUUUGAAGACUUCAGCUGGCUAAAUUCCUCUUAUGUUCCUGUUCUCAAACAACUGCAGGACUCAGACACCCAAAGUUAUUACUUCUUGGGGAGUCGUGGUAAGGACAAGACCACCCCUAUCAAAUUUCGCAACCCAAAGUAUCUUUCCAUGCUUAACCACCUCAGGUUCUACAUUCCGGAAGUUUUUCCGAAACUAGAGAAGGUAGUGUUCCUUGAUGACGAUGUUGUGGUUCAAAAGGAUCUUUCUCCCUUGUUCUCCAUUGAUUUGAAGGAGAAUGUGAAUGGGGCCGUUGAGACUUGCAUGGAGACAUUCCACAGAUACCAUAAAUACUUGAAUUAUUCCCACCCGUUGAUACGGCAACAUUUUGAUCCGGAUGCUUGUGGAUGGGCGUUUGGGAUGAAUGUUUUUGAUCUGGUUCAGUGGAGAAAGAAGGAUGUGACCGGAAUAUAUCACUACUGGCAAGAGAAGAACAUUGACCGGACACUGUGGAAGCUCGGGACCUUGCCACCCGGGCUUUUGACUUUCUACGGGUUAACUCAAGCUUUGGAUCCCAAUUGGCACAUUUUGGGACUGGGGUAUACAAAUGUGGAUGCGACAAUGCUAGAGAAUGGUGCGGUGCUGCAUUUCAAUGGGAACUCUAAACCAUGGUUGAAGAUCGGGAUGGAGAAAUACAAACCGUUGUGGGAUAGGUAUGUUGAUUAUUCACAUCCAAUAUUGCAGCAAUGCAAUGUGCAUUGAAUUAUCAGGGUAUAUGCCGUUGGUGGUGUACAUUCAUUCGUAUCAGGUUAUUUCACUUGAUCAUUAGCCCUAGUUUAGUACUGGAGACAGCUACGGAUUUUGUCCUUUUUGGGUUUUCUAGACAUUGAUCAAAUGCGGCAGACGGCCAUAGUUGGUUGGACACACUUGUCAUUUAUUGUUUGUUUUCUUGUACCUUAGGAGUAUCCAAAAAUCAUUCAAUGUUUUUCCCAGAUAGAUUCAUGAGUAUAAGUAUUCCAUUCUG